UAUCUGUUCGAGUCUUGGUCGUGUUAACACUUGAACUUAGAAUUACUGAACAACCGGUGGUAGUGAACUUGGAAAUAUGAAGGAGGAUAACGAUUUCGUAAUUAGCGGGCCUACGCCGUACGAGCCACUAUGUGAGGACACUUUGGGGCAGGUUUUCGGGAAAAUUUUCAUGGAAAAUGCACCGGACCAUAAAAUCAUGGUUAACGCCCACAAUGGCAAAGUACUUACCACCCAAAAACUCGUAGAUGAUUCCUGCCAACUGGCCCAAGCCCUUCGAGUACACGGAUGUUCUCCACAAACUACCAUCUGCAUUGGAAGCGAGAACAACCUCGAGUUCUUCAUCCCCAUUUUCGCCUCAAUUUUCUCCGGCACCAUCAUGGUUCCUUUAAACGUUAACUACACCGACCAAGAGCUCAAACACACCCUCAACAUUACGAAACCAAAAAUAGCAUUUUGCUCAAAACGAGUAACGCAAAGAUAUUUAAAGCUAAAGAAAGAGAUGUCGUUUUUAGAAACGAUUAUAGUUAUAGAUACCGAUGAUGUUAUUGAAGGUACAAUAAGUAUGAACGAAUUUGUAAGGAGUAAAAUGAAUGGAAGAACGGUUACACCUCAUAAUUUUUUGCCGUUUGAUGGAGACUCGAUGGAUAGUGUGGCGUUUGUUUUGUGUUCAAGUGGUACUACGGGAUUACCGAAGGGAGUUAUGUUAACGCAUCAGAAUAUUGUUACUAGAUUAUUGCAGUCAAGGUAUCCAGCGUAUCUGUCAAAUCACGACGUAGUUCUAGGACUUAUGCCAUUCUUCCAUUCGUACGGAUUAUUUUUCGCACUAACAUCAAUUUUCAACCGACACCUAACAGUAAUGAUGGAUAGAUUCGAGGAAGACUUCUUUUUAAAAUCAAUUCAAGAUUACAAAGUGUCAGUCGUGAGGUUAGCUCCGCCCUUAGCCAUAUUUUUAGCGAAGAAUCCUAAGGUGAACAAGUACGACUUGUCGUGUGUUGCAGAGGUGUUUUGUGCAGGAGCUCCGCUUAGUGGAAAAACGGAAGUUCAAUUAAAGAAAAGAUUAAACCUCAAAGCGAUAUUUCAAGCUUAUGGAUGUACGGAAGGAACUUUGGCUCUAACAAUUAUGAACAAAGAUGUUUACCGGCCAGGCUCAUGCGGCAAAGUUAUUACUUACAUGCAGUGCAAGGUUCGAGAUCCUGAAACAGGAAGAUCCUUGGGUCCAUACGAAAUUGGAGAAUUGUGUUUUAAAGGUCCUACUGUCAUGAAAGGUUAUUACAUGAACCCGCAAGCCACCAAAGAAUCAUUUACUUCCGACGGAUGGUUAAGAACAGGAGAUUUAGGUUAUUAUGACGACGAACAAUUUUUCUAUAUUGUCGAUAGGCUAAAAGAGCUUAUUAAAUACAAUGGUUACCAAGUGGCGCCAGCGGAAUUGGAAGCUAUCUUAGUUCAUCACCCAAAAGUUUUUGAAGCAGGAGUCAUUGGGUUACCUGAUGAAGUUGCAGGAGAGUUACCUAUUGCAUUCGUCGUUUUGAAGGAAGGGCAGAAAAUUAGUGAGAAAGAGUUGCAGGCAUAUGUUGCAAAUAAGGUGUCUUCCCAAAAGAAGUUACGUGGUGGAAUCAUAUUUGUUCCAUCGAUACCAAAAAAUCCUAGUGGAAAAAUCCUGAGGAAGGAAUUAAAGAAGAAACUCCAUGAAUACAAAAAAGUAUUGCAAUCAAAACUCUAAUACUCAAAAAUACAUUUAAAUAGGAAAAUUUAAGAGAAUUAGAAAAAAAAUUAAUAUUUAUUGUUUGCAAGAUAAGAACGUAUGUUUUAGAUGUUAUGUUGUUUCAUACUUAAGUAUAUUUUAUUAUCCAUGUUUUAGUA